UCUCUCUCUCUCCCUCUCUCUCUCCCUCUCUCUCUGCAGGUGUUGGUUGCGGUUGGACACAUAUUUUAUAUGGAGUUUCAUAGGCCCUGCCACGCUCAUAAUAAUGCUGAACGUCAUCUUCCUGGGUAUCGCCCUCUAUAAGAUGUUCCACCAUACAGCUAUCCUCAAACCAGACUCUGGGUGCCUGGACAACAUCAAAUCGUGGGUGAUUGGUGCCAUAGCUCUCCUCUGUCUGUUGGGUCUGACCUGGGCGUUUGGUCUGAUGUACAUCAAUGAGAGCACAGUGAUCAUGGCCUACCUGUUCACCAUCUUCAACUCCCUACAGGGCAUGUUCAUAUUCAUCUUCCACUGUAUACUACAGAAGAAGGUGCGUAAGGAGUAUGGGAAGUGUUUGCGUUCCCAUUGCUGCAGUGGUAAGAGUGUAGAGACCUCCAUCUCGUCCUCUGGAAAGAACCACACCACGUCUCGAACCCCAGGGCGAUACUCCACGGGGUCGCAGGUCAUCUUGCCUGCCUGUACACCUGGACGCUACUCCACAGAAGACUCCCAGAGUCGUAUCAGGAGGAUGUGGAACGAUACAGUGAGGAAACAGGAGUCAUCCUUUAUGACAGGAGACAUCAACAGCUCAGCCACACUCAACAGAGGAGCGAUGGCUAAUCAUCUGUUAACUAAUACUCUCCUUCAUCCCCAUGGUUCUAACCAUCGUUAUAACUCUCUGCUGGGGGACACCAACCACCAAGCAGUCUGUAACAACCCCAGCGUGGCUGGCAUGUACGGCACACAAGCCCCCUACAGAGACACAAAGGGAAUCCUAAACAACGCGCGAGACACCGGCGUCAUGGAUACGCUCCCUCUCAACGGUAACCACGGCAACAACUACAGCGCGGCGAGCGGCGACUACCUCGGCGACGGCGUCCAGAUUCUGGAACGAGGCGGCGGCGGCGGCGGUUACAGUACCUACGGCAACCACAAGGAGACGACGACGACGUUAGAAAAGCAGAUCCUCAGAGAGUUAACGUCCAACUACGCCCCUUCCUACUUGAACAACCACCAACGCUCGGCGACCACCGAACGCAACCACAACCUGAUGAACAAGAUGGUCAACGUCGGUAACGGCACCGGCAACGCGGGCGGCCUGGUCGGUAACGGCAGUAACGGAAUCGGAAUUGGUGGCGUAGUCGGCGGCGGGAGUAACCGUGACUACGACUUGAGUAACGACGGCGUCGACGUUAGUCACAUGGUGCUGGAUAACCCCAACGCUGCCUUCCCAUUGGAUGAGAAUUUGGGAUUGGAGAUUAUAAGGGAGGAGUCGAACGCCCCCCUCCUCCCGCCCCGCCCUCUGCCUCCCCCGGACAGCCUCCCCCACCCUCACCCUCCUCCCCCGCCCCCCCCAUAUCUUCUCCCACCCCCGGCGCAUCCCCCAGGAGACCAGCGAGAGCUUCUUCCCCCUCCUGACCAACGAGCAGACGGACGAGACGCCGCAGUCACCCAAUCACAGAAACUCUCUGUACACCUCCAUGCCCGUGUUAACGGAUCUACCGGACGGCCACGGUAGUCACGGGCAGAUGAACGGGUUAGCGGACG